AUGUCCUACGAAUACCUUGACACCGUGCCAAAGACAAGAGUCUAUCACUCACCAUCCAAGCAACCGUCACUGGCUGCCAAUGAUAUUCUCAUCAUGAUUCCUGGUAACCCAGGACUAGUGGGGUACUAUAUCACUUUUCUUGACUACAUUCAAAGAGCAAUCCCACAAUUUGAGAUAUUUGGUAUGGAUUAUUUAGGUUUUGGUAAAUCAGAAAGCACAAAGCAGCAGCACAUCUACACCGUUGAGGAGCAAAUAAACCAUAAAUAUCAAGUCAUCAAGAAUAAAAUCGAACAGCAAUCCAUCAAACCAAACUUAUACUUUUUAGCUCACUCUUUGGGAGGUUUCAUUACUCAACGAACAGUCAAAAGGCUUUUAGAAGAUGAUGACUUGAGUGGUAAGUUUGAAGUGAAAUUUGUUGGAUUGAUCACACCCACAACCAACGACAUUGCUGGAUCUGAAUCAGGAACCAAGUUUACUAAGUUGAUCAAUGCAAGGAUUCCCGUGGUUGGUUUAGCCAUGACUUUUGGCACUAUGUGCUCGUAUAUCCCCGAAUCAGCACAACGAUACAUUCUCACUCGCCAUUGGGCACCACCAAAAGAAGUGAUUGAAGAAGGGUCCAACCAUGAAAAUGUUGGAUUGCAGCACUCGCUAGAAACCACUCUCGAACUCAUCAAUUCGCCCAGUGCGAUAAACCAAGCACUAAACAUGGCCAAGGAUGAAAUGAAGGUUAUUACCAACCUGGACGAUGUCAAUGAUUGGAUGUAUGUCAAUAAUCGUUUUGCAUUUAAAAACUGGUGCUUUUUCGCACAGCAAGACCAUUGGGUUUCAAAUAAAACGAGAAAUUAUUUGAUUUCGAAAUAUGGCAAUGUUGACCCGAGGAGAAACAAGUUUGAAAUUUGUGAAAAUGUUGAAAAUCCAAUCAAACAUGCCUUUGUUUUGAAUCAGAGCAAAGAAUUUGCUGAUAUUACAAUCAAUCGCAUUAAACAAGCAGAAAAAUGUUGGGAAGAAUUAAGUUAG